AAGGAGGAAGCAAAGGGAUAGUGCCGUGUUCCUCUCUCCAUAUCCAGCCGCCACUCUUUGUAUAUAUAAAAACACAGCCAUAGACUUAUUAACUUAGUCUCUCCUUUGAUCAAUCUAUAUUGCUUUUGAUUCUCUAUAUCAUCCGGAAUCUGAAUUGGAUGGUGAUAAAGGGAAUGCUUGUUGGUAAAUACGAGCUUGGGAGGACACUUGGAGAGGGAAAUUCCGCAAAGGUUAAAUUCGCUAUAGAUACUAUUUCCGGCGAACCAUUCGCCAUCAAAAUCAUCGAUAAGUCGCGUAUCACUCGUAUUAACGUCUCUUUUCAGAUCAAGAGAGAGAUUCGAACACUCAAAGUUUUGAAGCAUCCAAACAUUGUCAGAUUACAUGAGGUCUUGGCAAGCAAAACCAAGAUUUACAUGGUUCUGGAAUGUGUCACUGGGGGAGACUUAUUUGACAGAAUUGUCUCCAAAGGAAAGCUUUCUGAAACAGAGGGACUAAAAAUGUUUCAGCAGUUGAUUGAUGGAAUCAGCUAUUGUCAUAACAAGGGAGUUUUUCACAGAGAUCUCAAGCUAGAGAAUGUUCUUCUUGAUGCAAAGGGUCACAUUAAGAUCACUGAUUUUGGCCUUAGUGCUCUGCCACAACAUUUUAGGGAAGAUGGGUUGCUACAUACAACUUGUGGUAGUCCUAACUAUGUCGCGCCUGAGGUUCUAGCUAACAAAGGGUAUGAUGGUGCAGCAUCAGAUAUAUGGUCUUGUGGAGUAAUCUUGUAUGUUAUUCUUACGGGAUGUCUCCCUUUUGAUGAUGCUAACCUUGCAGUUAUUUGCCGGAAGAUAUUCAAAGGGGAUCCCCCAAUACCUAGAUGGAUAUCACCUGGUGCUAAAACCAUGAUCAAGAGAAUGCUUGAUCCAAAUCCAGUCACGAGGAUGACAAUCGCAAAUAUUAAGGCUAAUGAUUGGUUCAAACAUGACUACACUCCUUCAAAAUACGAUGAUGAUGAUGAUGCAUACUUAAUCCAAGAAGAUGGAUCUGAAGAAGAAAAGAGCCCUGAUUCUCCAACCAUUAUCAACGCAUUUAGGUUGAUUGGAAUGUCAUCAUUUCUCGACCUCUCAGGUUUCUUUGAGAAAGAGAAAGUAUCAGAGAGACAGAUAAGAUUCACGUCAAAUAGCUUAGCCAUAGAUUUGUUGGAGAAAAUCGAAACGAUCUUUACAGAGAUGGGUUUCUGCUUACAGAAGAAACACGCAAGGUUAAAAGCAAUCAAAGAAGAAAGAACUCAGAAAGGGCAAUGUGGCUUAUCAGUAACGGCUGAGGUUUUCGAGAUAAGCCCGUCCCUAAAUGUGGUUGAACUAAGAAAAUCACAUGGUGAUUUGUCUCUAUAUAAACAGUUGUACGAGAGAUUAUUGAAUGAACUGGGCUCAUCAUCACAAGUACAGGAGCUUUUAACGUAGCCAAUAGCAGAAAAUAUGUCAGCCUAUUCUAAAAUAUGAAUCCGGGAUGCUAUGCUAGAGGCAUGUCCAAUGUUCAGGAUCACUGGAUUUUUGUAAAUAAAAACUAGAUUUCUGUAUAUAUAUAGCCAAAGCUCAAGACUUAUACAUACAUUCUUGAAAACUUUUUUUUGGAGA